GCUACGCGAUAUCAGUGGUCGGUCAUGUGUGUGUCACUUUCACGCUCACAAUUCUUAUACCUUUCGAAGUACUUUAUCGCGCUAUCAUUAAGGUCACUGGAUGAGUGUUAAUAAAAAACCGUGUUUUACCGGAACCCCUGAUGACUAGUGACAGCCCAAAUUAGUGUUGACGUUGGAUAAAAGGGGGGAAAGGUGAGAAACAACGGUGUAAAGCGAGGAUAUCGCGCUUCAACGUUAGUGUCAGGUCUUCUCUCUCAAUACCUAAAGUGAUUUUUGUUCUGUGUCUCAACGUUUUAAAGAAAAACUCAACUGUUUUUGUUUUUGGGGGGAGGGGGUUCUUCAAAGAGUGACGAUCUGUGCAAUAUAUUCAUAUUGUUAAAAGUGAUCAUCUGUUGUUAUCAGCGCUGUAAAGUUGCUCUUAAGAAGCAGCGUGUUCAUCACGAGUGUAUUUUAGUUGUCAUAAUAUUAUGGCGUAUAAGUUUCGAGAGGAUAUCGUGGGAAAGAGAUUCCUCUCAGUGAGUGGUUUCACCAAGUUAAGGAAUAAAAUCAGUGAGUGGGGUUGGCGUGCGGGGGUGAUUCGUGCUGCCAGCCACAGGGAUAAUAAUUGUCAGGACCUACAGGUUUUAGUGGAAUAUGACGAUGUAGAAUGGCAAAGGAGAGAAUGGCUAACACCACACAGGAAUGGAUCCUUCUCAUUUUUUCUCAUAGAAAAAGAAGUUUGUUGGGCCGAACGACCUGACCCAAGACACACAAGCCUUAUCGCUAUCGACCACCACAACCAUUCCAACAACAAUCAUCAUCUUCGCAUCAAUGGAAAAUCAUUACGGGGAACUACAGCCGCUGCUAAUACAGUUGCUUGGCCAGCAAUCACCUUCUAUCCAUUUGUGACACGUGCACUACUUCCGGAAGACGUGAUGCCUGUGGAAUUUAUGCAAGACCAUAGAUUGGAUUUUGUUGAAUUCGGAAAGAUCAAGCCAUUCACACAGGACUGGGAAUUAACGAAAGGUUCGACACCUUGGGGUAGUGCGGUGAGAAGGUGGGCAGAAAUGCAGGAUGGACAAAAGAUUUUGCUGACCACCCCAAGUGUACUUGUUGGGUUCCGAGUAGAAGUUUAUCGGGCAGAAGGCACCACUCAAUGGUACACUGCAGUCAUUGUUGGAUACAAUGAGUCGACAAAGGAUUUAACAGUGACAGAUGACACAGUUCUCGAGGACCACAACGAGGAUCCGAGUCUUGUGCAAAUGCGCCUAAUUGGAGACGGAGUCGUCGAGAGUAUUAUGCGAGGUGAGGUCGUCGGCAUGACUCCCAGGAGGUCGAGGUCAUCAACUGGUUUGACCCACACACUGGUCAUGCCGCGACCUGGUCGAAGGCCAAGAGGACGUCCAGGAAACGCAGCUCAAUUACAGCCAUCCCUGAGGACCCAGAGUCCAGUUUCUCAACAGCUUGAAAAAGAUAAGAGUAAUACACGCGGUAAUCGCCGGAGACGCAAUAGUGAAAGUGCCAGUCGUGAGAAAGGCGAAAGGACUCAAGUUGAAUCGGAGGAGACUCUUUCAGUGGGACAGGAAGAUCGGGAGAAUAAGGGACCUUCUGCUGGGAGACAAGGGAAUCGAACGCCCAGAACUGUAUUGGAAGAGGCGAAUCCAGCGCCUGGUAGUUUAUCGAAAUUAAGACGUCGUGGGACAACGGUAAAGAGUCCAGUGGAGAGUAUUUCACAAAGACCGGUGAGAAAAAAACCUCGGCCAGGUGGUGAAUUAAAACUCAGUGGGGAAUACGAGUCGCCGGAGGAGCAGCUGUUAGUUAAAGAGGAUAAGAAAGAACGGCUUGAAUGUAGGUCCGAGGAGGAGGAGGUGGAGAAUCGUGACGAAGAGGAUGAAUGUUGUGAUCCGUUGAUAAAGCGUCUGAAGGCAAAUUCAACACCCCGUAAGACAAAAUCAGAGAAGAAGGAUUUUGAACCUGACAUUCAAGAAACUGUCAAAGAGAAAGUAUUCCAGCAAUUAAAGACUGAAACUGAGGGCGAACGGGUCGAGAACGAGGAGAGUCAAUCCAGAGAACGUGAUCGGGAACCAGAACCUCCACCUUCCAAGGACGUUGAGUCGAGUGAGACUUUGACCGUAGAUCCUGAUACAAAAUCAUCGACGCAAGCUCUUGAGGAACGAUUGUCCAACGGUUCAUUGUCGGAUGAAGCGACCCCUGACGAAAAUAAACGCCUCGGGUGUACGUCACCUGUAAAUUGUGUAAAAUCGUCCAAGAAGGAGGAGGAAAGAAAAGAGGACGAGGAAAAGGAGAAGUCGCGCGAGUCUAGUGCACCCGGCAGGCCGGAUUCGAGAGUUGACACUACCGAGGACAGUGGUUUGGGCAGCAGUGCCAGAGCGGCAAGUGUUGAGUCCGUAGAGUUGCUCGAGUCCAGUAGUCAGGACUCAAGCUCCGUGCUGGAGAGGCUGAGUCCGUUGCCAGGCGGCCGUGGGCGGCAAAGCCUGCUCCUGGAGGAGCAGGAACGAAGUCGUCACAACGAAAGCCCCGUCAUCUUAGCCGAGAGGUUGAAUAAGCCACCGCCACCCAUAUCGGGUCAUCAUUUACAGUACCAUCAUCAUCAUCAGUCUCUGCACCAUCGUUUCUCAACCGGAAGUCCUGUGAUUCAUCAGCAACAUUUACAAAUACCAGGCAGUCCUCACCACCACCAUUUGACAUCGGCUAGCCUCCUCGAGGUGCAACAGCAGUCGCUACCAUCGCAGGGCGGCGAUGAGGCCGGCCUCAUGGAGGUGGAGGCCGGGGCCGGAGUUGGUUUACCAGGCGGAGGCGUUCUCGGUGGCGUUGCUGCCGCUGGAACGUUACGGGCUGCCACCACCUACGGUGACAGUGGCUCUGACAGUGGUGUAAGCUCAUUGAGAAGUGCCGGUUCCGGUGACGAGAGAAGCGGAAGUCGAAGUUCUGCCCUCAGCGCCGAAGAAACGGCGCCCGCCGCUACACCGGCGAGGGUUUGGCACGUUCAAAGCGUUCAGCACACUUCACUUCUGAUGGCCCAUCCCCAGGGUCCGCCAAAUCCCGCGGCGAGCUCCACGUCUUCCUCAGUUCCACCUCUGGGUUAUCAGAGUUCUAAUCCUCAAGGUCAUCAUCAUCCAGUUGUCGCGACCGAGAUGCUUUGGCGACCGCCCAGAUAUCCACCGCCACUUCCCCAUGCGCUUCUUGCUCCGACGCAGCCCAGUCCCGAGGAACUGCUGGAGAGGGAUCGACACGAGAGAAUGCUUCGUGAGCGUCGCGAAGCGGAAGUGCGAGAAUUGGAGAAGAGGGAAAGAGAACGAGAAAGAGAAGCGAAAAUGGAACGUGAAAGGCUGGAGAAACAAAGAGCAGCGGAGCAAGCUGUUCACAAACACUUUGAAGAAUCCCUUAGGCUAGCACAGCAUAAGGUGUCUUAUGCUCCACAGAGAAAUAUGCAGUCAGCUUCGAUGGGGUGGAACAGCUUUAUUCCUUUACCACCUCCCGGCAGUCGGACACAUGGAACGCCACAUGGGGGACUAACGCCUCACGGUCAUCAUCAUCCCGGUGCGGUGACCGCUGCUCAUCCAGUGACGGUUGCUCAACAACAACAGCGGGAGAGGGAGGAGCGGGAGGCACGAGAACGUGACCGGGACGCGGCUGCUCGGGACCGAGAGCAGCGUGAGCGCGAGCACUUGGCAGCUGCCGAACGGUUGCACAGGCAAGCCGAUGUCAGAGAUCACACCGCCGCGGCUCAUCAGCGAGCAGCCUACUAUGCAGCCACCGCACAACCCACCGCUCAACAGGUUUCGCGGCCGUCGAGUGUACCUGUUAAAGUCGAGUACCCGCCGCCGGCUCACUCGAGAACGUCCAAGUCCUCCCUGACAGUGUCGAGUCACCACGAGAAGCAGCCAGUCGUGGGUCCACCUCACAGUGUCCUGCCGAAAGCCGAGCCGAACGUCAGUCUCUUCGGCUACUCGACCUACCAGCCACAGUCCUACAUGCACGAGAUAAAAGUCAAAAACGAACUGCAGUCCCACAAGCAACUUCCCGGCAAGAGUGCAAACAUGACGGUCGGCCACGAGCGAGACCAUCACGGCCGGGAAAUCCACCAGACUCCACCGCAAAUGCUGUCGGACCAGAAGAGCUCCGUCAUCGUCAAGAACGAGGGCCGCGAACUCCCCAAGGCACCCACGCCCCAGCAGCACUCACCUAGUCUCAAAAUGAUGUCAUACAUGAACGUUCAACCCGUGACACCCCAACACAAACCCAGUGGCUACGAGUACCGAAGUCCCACCCAGAGUCCCCAUCAUCAUCACCACCACAUGGAGAGCAUACAAGCCAAAAACAUCCCCCCCAGUCAUCAUCGUCCCGGGGCGAAUGCCCAACUGCCCUCGCCUCACGGGCACCCGGCCCACCCCCACAAUCGACAAUCACCACACGCUCAACACCCCCACCAACCGCACCCGACACCCCCGGAGCCGCGCUACCUGAGCAGGCCCGGCCCCGAGCCCGGCAUCCAGUACGGGGCGAAGAGCGCCUACUCCUACCCGCAUCCGCCGACCGCCUCGUCCACCACCCACUACGCUGCGCCCGCCGGGUCGAAGCCGAAAGUCAGCAGUCCGGCGCCUUCGCACAUCUACGGGAAACCCAAUUCCGGCAUUAUGACUGGCACGCCGGUGUGUAGAGCGUCAGAAACCGGUCCGGUGCCUGGUCCAUUGCCGCUGACAUCAAAAGCCGGAACUUCGCCUUACCAACAAGUGCCUCAUCAUCAUGGGGCGCCACCUCUACCUCUACCACCACCAGCUCACAGUAGUAGGUCUGUGUACGACUCCAGAGGUUUCGCGUCCGCUGUCUCGGCCUCCAAGUUACCUCCGCCACCUCUACAUACCUCGCCAUCGACCACCGCGUCAACUCCAAUGUCGGCCAGGGCGGUCGUUCAUCCCUCUCAUCACAGUAGUCCCCAUCAACCGGGACCACAAAUUCCACCGCAACAAUCAAUGUCUGCCUUCCAAACUCAACCUCUCGAUCUUGGCGUCGAACGAACGAGUUCGCCGAAGAGAAAAGCGCCGACGCCUUCCGACGAAUGCAGCGUUCAACCCGUCUCGCUCGAGGUCUGCAAGAAACGGCGAGUCGACGAACCACAACCACUGUCUCUGCAGAGUGUCAACACGCCCGUCUUAUCAAGGGUCAGCGAGCCUAGUCCUCUUAUUGCCUCGGCGGCCACGUCCAUCACCACUGUCGUCAAUACUGCGCUCCUCGCACAACCCACCAAUCAAUCACAGGUGUCCGAUCGAGUAGUGACUUCAGUAAGUCCAGCGCCGCGAGCAACCAGCGGCGACGAAUCAGUUCGACCCUCAAGCACAGGAAGUGUCUGUUCCCUAAAUCCAACACCCAGUGCGGCACCAAGCCCGGCACCAAUUCCAAGUCCUGCGCCCGCUCCGAGUCCAGCGCCAUCAAUAGUGCCGAGUCCAGCUCCAAGUGCACCUGGUACACCCGCCAAGGCGAAUUCCACGAUUGACAGUGAAAAAUCAAAUAGUCCAGCUCCACGACCGCCGAGCAGCACCAAAUAUCCAGUGCAUAAAUUGAAGAAGGCCUGGCUGCAGAGGCACUCGGGCGAGGACGGCACGGAGGACACGACGGGCGUUGUGGGCAGUGGUUCAUGCGUGACAUUGCCACUAAAUAUUGCUCAAGCACCUUCGCAACCAUUGAAUAACAAGGAACGUGAGACGACGCCGACCACAACAACCACCACCACUACUAGUUUACCCAGCGCCGUCAAUUCAAUUCACAACAUUGGAAGUAUGGCAGUGAAUAGUAUAAACAAAACAAAAGUCACUGGCAAGAGUGGAAGGAAGCCAGCCAAUAAAGAAGCAGUCAACGGACACGCAAACGAGGCAAAGAGUUUGCAGGAGGAUUCGUCAAGUAGCGAUCCAGAGAGGAAGUCACCACCAAAACGAAAACCACCCAAGGUAAAACGAAAGAAGGGAGCCGCACGGAAACAGCAAGCGGUCGCAGAGGAUCAUCGACGGAGGAAAGACGACAAGCAGGGAGGAGGUACCGGGGCGGGGAGCGAAUCUAGUAACGAGAGUGAGGCUGGAUCGGUUAGCGACACCAGUGAACAGUUAGGCUCCGUGCAACCUGCCUCAAGAGGGCGACAUACCGCCGCCAAUUCCAACAAUUCCUCGGGAAACGGUACCAACAAAGAGCCAAGAAAACGGGGCCGACGACCAAAGACCUCGAAGGGCAGCGACGUAGGCGAAGAGCAACAACCACGAUCAAAAAAGGAACGAAGAGACGAUAGUACGGGUGGCGGAGCUGGUGGUAAUGGGCCUGGUGGUGGCGGCAGUGGAAAAAGUGAUCCCUUUCGUAAGCCUUCGAUCUCGCAAUUAAAAAAAACCGGCGAAAGUUGGUUACAAGAUGGAAAUUGUUGUGAGGUCGCGCCAAAAUUGGCCAAGUGCCGCGAAUGUCGAAUGACACCACAUCAACGCUCAAAGAAUCUUUAUCAGAAUAUAUUCUGUCGAUUCUAUGCAUUUCGUAAAUUACGCUUCACGAAAAAUGGACAAUUGGCUAUCGCGGGUUUCAGCGAUCCUCACAAAGAUGCCUCCGAUGAAGAUUUAUGGCUUUGGUCAUCGGGGAAAAGUUUAACGAUCAAGGAGGAAAAACCUGAUAAAAAUGAGAAGGAAAAGGAGAAGAGUGAGAAGGAGGAUUUAGAUUUGGAAAUGGCUUAUCGCCUUUUGUGUCAAGUUGGCGAUCAAUUCUGUGAUUUGCUUCAUCAGGAGAAGGACGCACUUCAUGAGCACAUGGUUGAAGCGAGUUCGGGGGUUGUAGACGGAACUGUUGCCUGGAAGCGAGUCGUUCAAGGAGUCCGUGAAAUGUGCGACGUUUGCGAGACAACUCUAUUCAACUACCAUUGGGCAUGUGGAAAAUGCGGAUUUGUUGUCUGCAUCGAUUGCUAUAAGAGUCGGAAAAAUGGCACUGUUAAAAUCUGGGGCGAAAGUGGAAAGGACAGAGACGACUUCUCAUGGUUGUUGUGCACGAAUAGACAAAUUCAUGAGCCGGCGAGAUUAAUGCUCACGCAAAUAAUCGCUGGCGAUAGUCUUGUACAAUUGGGUCAACGUCUUCACGAGUGCCGCUGUGAAUGGGGUAUUCCGCAAUAUUGCAAUUGCUCGGUUGUCACUCAAGUCAAUGUGAAUGAAGUACUUAGAAAUUUGAUAAAAGGUGAUUCAUUAACAAUCAUGAACGGUAAUGUGAAACAAGAAUCAAAGGACUCUAAGAAAAUCGAAUCGAAUGGUUCAUCUGAGAAUAAAACAAAUGGCGAGGAUAAAAAUUCACCACUAAAUUGGCUCGCUGACGUUGCUUUACAAAAUGAAGAUAAAAAUGACAGCGGUUCAAGCUCCGAUUCGGAUGAGGAUCGCGAGGGUAAUUAUUCCACAUUACGUGAAUUAUUAAUCAGGCCUAAUCAAUCAAACAAAUCAAAUGGCAGUGGUUCGAGAUCAAAUUCACCGACAAACAAUACAAAUAAUUCGAAUAGUAGUUGUACGCAGAAUGCAACAUCGAAUAAUGUCUCAACGAAGAGUAGUAAAAAAUCGAAAAUGGAUACAUUGGAUGAAGUGAUAUCGAGUGUUAUUGAGCACAGUGUGAAAAAGGAGAAGGAUGGCGGCGGUCUUGACAAUGAUGAGAAACCACGUGAACUGAAGCAUUUCGUGAGGAGGUACAAAUGGACACAAAGAGGUCGUGAACCUUUGCCAAUUAGAAUAAUGACAUUGACUGAAAGCAAGAGUCUUUAUCCCGAUGUACCGCAUGCAUGGUUAUGUGAUGGAAAAUUACUCCGAUUAAACGAUCCAAAUAAUCCCAAUAAUUACAGGAUAUUCCAAGAUCAAUGGAAACGUGGACAACCGGUGAUUGUUUCUGAUGUUUCGAAGGCAUUGGAUAAGGAUCUUUGGCAUCCGGAUUCAUUUGGCAGGGAUUUCGGCGACGAGAAGAAUGAUCUUGUUAAUUGUAUGACUGGUAACUUGGUGCCGAAUCAACCAAUGCGUAAAUUUUGGGAGGGCUUUGAAAACUUUUCAAAAAGAUUAAAGGACGAUCGGGGAAAUCCAAUGUUAUUGAAAUUAAAAGAUUGGCCGCCGGGCGAAGAUUUUGCUGAAUUAUUGCCGUCCAGGUAUGCUGAUUUGAUGAAAGCUUUACCACUCUCUGAAUAUACACAUCGAACGGGACGAUUGAAUCUCGCGAGUCGUUUACCCGAAUGUUUCGUGAGGCCCGAUCUUGGACCGAAAAUGUACAACGCUUAUGGUUCCGCUCUACAUCCAAAUAAGGGCACAACGAAUCUUCAUUUGGAUAUUUCGGACGCUGUCAAUGUCAUGGUUUACGUUGGAAUUCCCAAGGACGGCGACAAUGACGAACAUAUUAAAGAGGCACUAAGAGCAGUGGAUGAAGCAGGCUGUGAUAUUUUAACUCGUCGUCGUGUUCGUGAGCGAGGUGAAGCGCCAGGUGCGCUUUGGCAUAUUUACCCUGCACGGGACGCAGAUAAAAUCAGGGACCUCUUGAAUGCAGUCGCUCUGGAACGUGGAGCUCGUUUAGAGCCGCAUCACGAUCCAAUUCACGAUCAGAGCUUCUAUCUUGAUGGACCACUUCGGGAGCGAUUAUACCGUGACUAUGGCGUUGAAGGAUAUGCAAUAGUGCAGUGUUUGGGCGAUGCGGUGUUUGUUCCGGCAGGUGCGCCACAUCAGGUUCGCAAUUUACACAAUUGCAUCAAGGUGGCUGAAGAUUUUGUCUCGCCGGAAAACGUAUCACACUGCUUUCAUCUAACUCAGGAAUUCCGUGCAUUGUCCGACACACACAGCAAUCAUGAGGACAAAUUGCAAAUCAAGAAUAUUAUCUACCACGCAGUGAAAGAUUCAUUAACCGUCCUGGCCAAUGCGAAAGACGAUGCUCUUUCGAAAGCACCUAACAACACCGAGGUAAAAGUUAAAGAUGAAACGUAGCGCAAAUCCUUGAUCAGGAUCAUAAGAUCUGCUGUUCGUUAAAAAAAGAAAAAUUGACUUAAUUGUCAUUUUUUUAAAGAGAAAAACACGUGCUCCGAAAGUCGGUGCUCCUUUUAAAAAGCAAAGUGAAAAAUGAUUUUUUUUGGAGGGUGCGGAAGAAGAUCAGACGGAAAAUUUCUCCGAAGGAAAUACUUCUUCACACACAAGGAUUGAGAGGAGUUUGUGAUAUUGUACGAGUAGCUUGAAAUUUUAAUUUCGAUUUUUUUCUCCUUUUUUUAUUGGCUGAGCCAAUUAUUUUUUGAAGUUAUUCGUUAUUUCUUCCUUUUGAGUUUUUCUUCUUCUUUUUCUUUUUCUUCUUCUUCAACUUCUUCUAAUUCUUCUCUAUUUUUCAAAAUAUCUCUCGUUAUUAUCGGGCAAUGAAGUCCGUGAGAUUCUCAGUUAAUCUUGGAACGGGCCAAUUAGGCCCAGUGUCCAUUACCAUUGUGAUACCCGAUGGACUUGGAUCAUACAUUGUUUGUAAUUAAUUAUAUCGUGCCUGUAUCUAAUACACACUUGUCUAUAUGAUUAUAGAUGUAGAUAAACGAUAAUUUUUAAGAAAUUCCUAAAUAGCAAUUACCGAUUUAAAACAAAUUUUGUCUAGGAAGGUACUUUGUGCAAUUAGAAGUCGUCGACGUUAGGCGGAUCAACGUUUUUUGUAUCGGAUCUGUUUUUGUGUGCUCUCAUGGUUUGGUGUUCUCGAUGUUGUCCGAAUUCAAACGAAUGGACGAUAUAUUUUCUCUCUUUGUAAUAUCGAUACGUUAUCGAGUGACUUGAAAGAAAAAGCACUGCCUAGUUUUUUCCUUGAAUUCAAUUUUUUAAAUAAAAAGAAAAAAAUUGUGCAUAAUUUUCCUUUUUAUUUUUGUAAAUUCUUUAGUCAAGAAAAAUAUCGUCCCUUCUGAAUCGUUUUUGAACUAUGAGAUAAUUACCGGAUCUUUGUAUAUACAUAUUAUAUAUAUAUAAAUAUUUUACUGCCUUUCGCAAAUCUAAACUAAGAAAGAAAGAAUAAAAAAAACCAAAAAACAAAUUCUUACAUUUUCUUGAUAUUGCAAAAAAAGAAAACUAAUCCAAAUACGCUUUCAUCGUGAUAAUUCCGAACUUUAUAGAAGUAACAAUCGAGAAAAAAAACAUGUGUUAUUUUUAUCGAACUGUAGGAGCCGUCUGAUGAAAGAAAUAAUGUAAUGUCGAUAAAAGCAAAAGCAUAAUGCGAAACUUUUUAAGUGCCAAUGUUGAACGAUUUUGGAAAGUAAAAUGCACUAAAAAGCACUUAUUGAGAAUUCGCAAAUAAAUAAUUUAUCGAGUUCCUAACGUUCGACAGCCCGUAUCAAGUAAUUCACUCGAAGUGACAGCGAUAGUUGAAAUUUUUUUUACAUGAAAAUGUCCAAUAUUUCGAGACUCUCGGCUGAUAAAAAAAGUACCUUCGGUUUUUGAACGCCUCUACUUUCCCCAAUUUUGUAAAAUUGUAAAAAUAGAGAAUGAAAUUAUAACAGGAAAAGAACACCAGUAUCCUUGAUUUAAAUUGCAAAUCGGAAAGAUUUAGCGUUUUCAAUAAACUGCAUUUAAAUCAUGCUGGGAGUCUCAAGUAAGUCCAAGGCGCCGUUUGCAAAAUAAACAAAACAAAACAAAAUGAAAAACACAUCUGGAAUUUGCAAUUUCUUUGAUCUCAAUCUUUGUCUAGCAUACAACGACUCGAUUAAAUAAUAACUCACGAGUAAUAAAAAAAACAAAAAAAAAAACCAACAAAUAUGUUAGCAUUAACAAGUACUUUAAUCAUAACGAAAAAAAAUUGUAAGCAAGAAAAAAAUACCCUUAUUAUCAGUGAACGGGCAGUGUAUAAAGUUGUAGGAAGCGUACUCUAUGUAUUAUUAAUGUCUCUGCAAGACAAAGCUAUUGAAAAAAACUCUCGCUACGUGUAAAUACAUACAAACAUUUAUACAUAUAUAUAAUAUACAUGUAUACAUAUAUAAAUAUGAAAAAAUGCCUAGUUUUUAAGUGAUUAAAAAUUUAAAAAGAAAAAAACACUCCACCACACGGAAAGCACUUUACACGCGUAGAUAGUUAGAUUCUAUCAUUAUCAUUAUUCGAAUAAUAAUAAUAAUGAUUAUUAUUAUUAUCACUAUUUCGAUUUAAUUAUUACGAAGAAUUAUGAUAUUUAAAUGUUGCUGAAGAUGCCGAACGUAGAAAAAAGGGGGGUGAAGAGAGAAAGAUAAAAAAAAGAGCGUUUAGUGUUUAUUGUAAAAUGAGAAUGAUUCUUUUCAAAGAAAGAAUACGUGUGAUAGUGCGCGUCCGUGAAUGGCUCAGAAAUAUGGUACGUAUGAGAGAAUAGUGAGAUCGUCGAUUGGGGGUGAAGUGUAUGGACAAAGA